AUGGCGCAUCGAAUUAUCGCUCAGAUUGUCCUGACGGGCGGCCGAGUCUUCGGAAGAGCCUUUGCAGAAGCCUAUAAACAAGCCCAGGCGUCCUCGCAGUAUGCUAGAGCAGCGGCAAAGAACGAUCCUGGUGCACUCAAUACUGCUGCUUCAUCCGGGAUGACUCUAGAUGAAGCCUGCAAAAUUCUCAAUGUCAAACCUCCUCAAGGCGGCCGCAUAAACAUGGAACAAGUGAUGGAACGAUUCAAGAAACUAUACGACUUGAAUGAACCGAAGAAAGGCGGCGGCGGUGGAUCGUUUUAUAUUCAGAGCAAAGUUCUGAGGGCGAGAGAACGAAUAGAGGCUGAGGCGCGAUCGGCCGAACGCAAAGCACAGAUGGAAAAAGAAAUCAAAGAAGGUUGGAAGCCAAAAAUGUACAAAGAAUGA